AUGGGUUAUACCAUCGAAGACGGGUUCGUUCGGUCCAGCCGGAAAAACGAGAAAAUUGCCAUCUCGAUAUAUAAACCAGAUGGACUCAAGCGACCCGUUCCAACGAUUGUAAUGGGCCACGGUAUUGGAGCCAUCAAAGCUGCGGGCUUGUCUCCUUUCGCGAGCGCCUUCACUUCAGAGGGAUAUGUGGCGGUGACGUUCGAUUAUAUCGGCUUUGGGGAAAGCGAAGGCACCCCACGAAACGUUCUCAACGUCCAACACCAGUUGCAAGAUUUUCGAGACGUUCUCAAGUGGGUGCGGGAUCCAGAUCAAAGCGAAUGGGUCGACUCUUCCCGCAUCGUUGCAUGGGGCAGCAGUUUUGGUGGCAUGCAUGUCACAGCGCUCAUGAGUGAGGAUCAUGACCUCGUUGCCGGGAUUUCUCAGUGUCCUCUGGUGGACGGCCCCGCGGGUGUCCUUCAAAUGCCGCUACUGCGGUCUUUGAGACUGGCAGUCACUGCUACUGCAGACAUUGUUGGUUCAUUGGUGGGAUUCCAAGAGCCACAGUAUGUCAAGCUGGUGAGCGACGGGUCUUCGACGGCUAUCAUGGCCUCCAAAGAGGUCAUUGAGGGCUGGUCUAGGUUGGAGCCUGAGAACGGGGAAUCUUGGCCGAACAUGAUUGCUGGGAGAUCUUUGUUGAGUAUCGUGCUAUCCCGGCCGCUGCUGCAAGUUCACAAGAGCACCCGACCGUACCUGAUUGUCUUGCCGACGUGGGAUCAUGAAGCGUCUUUGGAAGCAGCAGAACAAUGUGUAAAGCGAGCGCCGCUAGGAGAGGCGCUCAGAGUCGAAGGGGGGCACUUUGACUUAUACAAAGGUGGGAUAUCAUUCGAGAAAAAUGUUGAGGGGCAAAAACAGUUCUUGCGGCGUGUUUUGAUGAUGUGA